AUGGUUCAAGCAAAGAUCCCCUCUGCAGACUCUGGUACAUAUCCCGAAGACUUAGAACUCACCUUGUUGCAGGUUGUCCAUCGUCAUGGCGAACGCACACCUGUACGUAGACGAUUGGAACAACUCUUCCCAGCUGUGUGGACCAUGUGUGAAGCCAACACGGCCAUGUUUGCUACCAUUGCUGCUAUCAACGGCAAACGCGAGUUCGUACCUCUGCAACGCCUUGUCGACGCCGAAUUACCCAACAAGACCCAGUUGACAUAUGAGCCAGGUUCAUGCUACUAUGGACAAUUGACCAACGUCGGCCGUAGCAGUAUGGCAGCCCUUGGAAGCAGGUUGCGCGAGAUUUAUAUAAAUCGUCUUAAAUUCUUGCCUGAUGUUUUCGAUCAAAAUGCGGUCUAUAUCCGAUCCACAGAUUACCCACGUACACAAGAAUCUGUACAGCAAUUGGUUGCAGCUGGAUUGUAUCCAUCCGACAAACGACCUGAGGAUUUUACAUUGCAAAUCAGAACUCGCGAUCAUAUGAAAGACAACAUGUUCCCAAAUCCCAGUUGUUAUCGUCUUCGACAACUUUCUAAGGAAGCACGCAAUGAAGUGGCUGAAGAGAACAAGGAACGUUUCGCCUAUCUCACCAAGCGAUUCAAAAAGUAUGUCGAUGAGGUCUCGCUUGACAGUCAUCCUUCGGCCAACGGUAUUUUAGACACUCUUGCAUCUGCCAAAGCACACGGAUUCAAGCUCCCUGAAGAUCUCGAUGAGGAGUUGCUACGAGAAAUGGAGGAAGUGGUUAUGCUGGAAUGGUUCCAAGGUGCUAUGAAGAACCAGGAAAUCCGACGUCUUACAUUGGGCAGCUUGUUGGGUGAUAUUCGGGACCGUAUGGUUGCAAGAGCUGAUGGAUCAGAUAAAAAGACUGGUGAGGAUGCGCGAAAGCUUUAUAUUUACUCUGGCCAUGACACCACAAUUGCUCCUUUGUUGAUCAGCAUGGAUGUCUUCAACAAGAGAUGGCCUCCAUUCAGCAGUUCUAUUGUUUUUGAGCUCUUCAAACAAAAGGGUGGUGGAUCUUGGUUUGGUCGGUCACAAAAGAGCUAUGUACGCGUACGUUUCAAUGAUAAGAUCAUGGAGCUACCUGCAUGUGCAGCACCUGGAGAUCAUCAUAGCAGCGGCGAUAAGAGUUUGUGUACCUUGGAAGCGUUCCAGAAGGCCAUCAAGGACAAUAUUCCAGACAACUGGGCCGAAGAAUGUGCACCCAAACAUUGA